AUGACUCGAUCAAUGUUUAGAAUUACGUCUGAGGAAGGUGUAAGACGAGUGUAAAUUGGGUCAAAGUUGACAGAGUCAAGCAUUAUGGGAUGUAGUACCAGCACAACAAACAUGGAAGGGACGAAGGCUCCGCUGUCCUCUGUCGACAAAACACUCAUCAAGCAAUCUUGGACACAGUUCACGAAUGCAGGCAGUCUUGCCGACUUAGGGUUACCAAUGUUUGUCAAGUUGUUCACAGACUACCCCGAUGUUAAGACGAUAUUCUCGUUCAUGAAAGAGGGAGGCGAAUCCCUUGAGAGCGAGGCAGUGCGGAACCAUGCUGAGGGGGUGAUGGGUGUGGUGGACUCGGCCGUAGGGGCUAUCGACAAUCUAGAUGGCCUGGCUCCGACUGUUCGGAGUUUAGGGGCCAAACACUACACGUACGGAGCCCAAGUUGCACAUUUAGGGCCCGUUGGCGAGUGUUUGCUGUACGCCAUGGAGAAGGAGUUGAAGGAGGAGUUUACGAAGGACAUCAAGACGGCUUGGGUGAAGCUGUAUGGUGUCAUCAGUGCUGCUUUCCAGGAAGGGUUAGAGGAAGAAGGGCGUAAACAGGGAUGAUAACAGUGAUACCUGUUAGAGUUACUUAACCCUAAGCCGUGGCUGUGAGUCGUGUGACUGUGUAGGGCCGUGUGACACCUAAGGACUGUCUGUCUAUUGUCUAUUUUAUUGUAACCGUUAGUAAAUCGUCAGUGAU